AUGCCUGGCUCCGGCGAGUAUCUCAUGAAACUCUCACUUGGUACACCAUCCCGCCUCUACUGGGCCACCCUUGACACUGGUAGCAACCUCAUAUGGACGACCUGCCGCCCUUGUGACUCCUGCUCCAGCCAAACAUCAAUGUUUGAUCCAUUUCAGUUGUCCACCUACAAGAGCCAGAGCUGCUCCACCAGCUCUUGCAUGGAAGUGCCCCACCAUGGUUGCACUAUCAACCAACUUUGUGGAUUCAGAUAUUCCUAUGGAGACAAGUCCUUCAUAGAAGGUGCUCCUAAGCCCGCGUUGCUUGAACUUGCUGGCCUUGUUGGCCUCGGCAGUGCUCAAAUUCGGCAAGGACACUCUCAAUUUUCUGGCAAGGAAGAGGUUCAAGAGACGCCAAUGGCACCAGGUGGUUCUCAAGGCACGUAUUAUGUGCUCAACCUGACUGACAUAAGCAUCGCGAACAGCAGACUCAACAUACAAUUUGGUGGAGCGCAGACGACUGCAUUGUUGGGAGAUGCCAGAUCGAUCAUCAUAGACUCGGGUACUGCACUGACUUAUCUUGCCGAAGAUGUGUAUGAUCAAGUGGCAAAUGCUGUGGCUAAUUUCAUAAACCAUGAACGCUUAUCUCCUCCUGAGCAAGAUUUGCUGUGUUACCAUGUAAAGAAUAACGGUGAUCCAUAUGAAGGGUUGCCGGAGAUGACCUUUCAUUUUGUCAAUGCAGACUUGAAGCUGCCGCCUUCAAAUAUCUUUAGGAUGUUUGCAAGUGGAAUCGCCUGCUUAACCAUUAAAGAUGGAAGAGAUGCUCAUCUUUGGGAAUGUUGCACCGCAAAACAUGCAUGUGAAGUAUGA